UCCUCUCUCUCUCUACUCUAGAUAUGAUUGAUUUUUUAGUUAUAAAGAAGAAAGGAACAAAAGCAGCCACCAAACUGAUAUUUUGACAUAUCUGGUUUGAACUUCGUAGCGUGUAUUAGAAAAGACUUGAGAGUCAUGUGACUAGUGGAGGGUGGUGGAGGAGGGGCAUUUGAUCUCUCCUCUAUACACGGUGUACUACAUAUACACAAACACACAACACGAGGAGAGGGAUGUUACACUUUCCGCUGUCGCUGAAGUAAAUCUUUACUUCACACACACACACAGAGGACUGUGUGGAUGGAAUUCACUGUGGUUUACAAUGUGACAAAAACUCCUUACAAAAUCGGGAGAAAGUUUUAAUUUUUUUUUCUGUCAAAAGGGAUUCAAUCUGGAUUAUAUGAGGUACUAAAGUCCAGGAUGGCGUGGUCGACACAUGUAGUCCUUGCCCUGUCGUUGUUGGUGACGUCAUGCUGGUGUGUCGAUUACACGUGCCCGGAGGAAUGCACGUGCUCCCGCCGUGACACCCCGGACCUUAUCGUUGAUGUGUUCUGUUCCCUGUCAACCGUCCAAGAAAACAGUAACUUCGCCCUUUUCCGAACGUCAGUCAACAGUACCCUGUAUCUGGAAUGUGACCCUAUUCUUCAUUCCAAUCUGAGAAGUCAUAUGUUCAAAGAUCUUCAUACUUUUUCAGAGCUCACGUUUGAAAAUUGCAAAUUUGAUCACAUUCCGAAAGAUCUUUUUGCCGGUAUGUCGUCACUACAAAUUUUCAAUGUAAUCAAUGCAAGACGAUUGACAUUUGACCCGGAAGCGUUUCUGAGCUGUCCGUCUUUAAAACGUUUGACAGUUGUCGCUUCCGAAGUAAUAGUAAUGCCAAGCCUCUGUGAGAAUAAGGAUCUCGUCUACGUCAACCUCACAAAGAAUAAAAUUCAAUCUCUGAAAGAUGCUGGUCUUGGAUGUGAAAACAAUACACUUGUAAGUCUCUCUCGAAUCAUCAUGCCGUUUAAUGAGUUCGAAUACCUCGGAAAUGAGCUUUCGUCCACGGCUCCAAAUUUAUGGGAGCUUGGAAUGAGUGACAACUACAUAACUAUGAUUCAUCGCGAUGCGUUCUCGGCGCUCCGAGAUCUCGGAUGGUUAGACCUUUCAUCUAAUCGUCUUCGACGACUUCCACCCUAUCUUCUUCGUAAACAGGAAAAUCUACAGAUAAUACAGUUGAAUGGGAACAAUUUAGGUCGAGUUCCGGAAGGUUUCUUUGGUUAUUCAACAAAACUUCGGGUUGUGACUCUAGGAGACUGCAACAUGGAUGAUCGGAUAUGGACAGAGUUAUGGCCCUUGCGAGAAAUGACGGAGCUCCAGCUACAGAACAAUAACAUCAGUAAAUUAAACCGGGAAUCACUUUUAAGAUUCGAAAAACUGUUUUAUCUCGAUAUGUCUGGAAACCGAAUAAGGCAUCUCAAUGAACGGUUCUUUGAAAAACAACUACAACUGGAAAAAUUGAAGCUUGGUAAAAAUAAGAUUGAAACUAUUGACAGAUAUGCAUUUGAAGGGUUGGGGUCUCUUUUUGAAUUAGAUAUUCGGAAUAAUAAUAUAAGCCAGGCUGACAACGAAUCUCUACUUCCGCUUUUGUCAGUUUCCCAACUCAAUGUAUCUUUUAACUUUCUGUCGGAGAUACCGAGUCUUAAGAAUAUGGAGCACAUCAGUCUCAUUGACUUCCGGUUUAACCGGAUAGAUACUUUGGAUUUAAAUACAUUUGAAGGACUGCUUACCCUUAAAGGUAUAAGCCUCGCUUUCAAUAAUAUUCGCGUAAUUCCACGUGGUGUGUUCAACAAGCCGCCUUCGCUCCAGAUUCUAAAUCUAGCGUAUAAUAACAUCGACACGAUCGAAGAUGACGCUUUUCAUGGCGCGAGUGAGCUUAGGUGGAUGUUUCUUCAGCACAACAAUAUCAGUGACGUCACAUGGGCGUUCAGUUCUUUACAUUCUCUCCUGCAUCUGGAUAUCAGUCACAAUUCCAUCGUAAAUUCAAUAAACGGAGAACUGUUUCCGAAAGCUCUCCAGGAAAUUAACUUGGCGAAGAAUCAGAUUACCAGCGUUGCAGACUACGCUUUUUAUAAUUUUAAGAAUUUAAGAAAAGUUGAUAUCCGUUAUAAUCUUAUACAAACUUUGAAAUUGCUGUCAAUUUCUGUGUCACCGGCACUACAAGGUUCUCCUCCGACUUUUUACAUCGCCGGAAAUCCAUUUGUGUGUGAUUGUAAAUUGCAGUGGCUAAGAAAGAAAAUGGACGACAGCCGGCCAUCUUACGGACAGCCCAUUAUUUACGAUACCGAUGUUAUCUUGUGUAAAAAGGGUUUCCAAGCAACAAGCAAGUUCCUCUACAAACUUGAACCCUCUAACAUGCUGUGUAACUAUCAAGAAGAAUGCCUCAUGUCAAAAUGUCGCUGUUGUGAGUUUCAAGGAUGUGUUUGCAGGUUCGUCUGUCCACAAAGAUGUAGCUGCUUCCGAAGCCUUGAUCACAGUUCAACUAAUUUCGUCAAAUGUUCGCACGGAAAUCUGACCAGUAUACCCAUGCAUAUUCCAAGUGUGUCCACGCAAUUCUGGCUCGACGGAAAUAAUUUCUCAAGCCUCAGUAGAUUUGGAUUUCUUGGACUGGAGUUUCUUAAAAUACUUUAUCUGAAUAACAGUGGCAUUGACUUUAUACAAAACCGGAGCUUUGUGGGGUUAAAAUCAAUUGAGGUGUUAAACCUCAAUGAUAACUUGCUGGAAGACCUACUAUACGGAAUGUUUUAUGGAUUGGAGAACCUGAUAGAAAUAAACCUCGAGAACAACAGACUUUCAUUCAUUGAUUAUACCGUGUUUGAACACACUCCAAACAUCCAGAGACUCUACCUAGCGAAUAACGAGCUGAAAUUUAUAGUCGACGCAACGCUUUCAAAUCCCGCGUGGCAGCGACUGACUUUGGCGGGUAAUCCAUGGUCAUGUGACUGUAACUUCUUGUCAACAAUGUUAUACAACACCAUUACGAUUGUCGAGAAAAUUGUGGACCGCAGGGAGUUGGAAUGUGUAACAGACGACACUGACGUUGAAAACACAUACGGCUACAACAAUAGUCCCGGCAGGCUUGUAAGAUUCGAUGACAUUGAUAUGGAGACAAUGUGCCCAAAUAUGACAUUAGUGAUCAGAAAUCUGACACGUGAGAGCGUGACUCGUGUCCUUGACCGAACGGACGAACUCCCACUAAUAUGUGCGAUCAUUGCAAUUGUCGUUGUAGUUGUCGUCCUUGCGCUGGUGUUUUGGAAUAAAAAUAUUAUCCAAGUGGUCUGUUUUGCAAAACUCGGAUGUCGAAUGUCGCACGAAAAAUCAGAUGCCAACCAAAUAUACGAUGCUUUUAUCUCGUACAGUCAUAAGGACGAGGAUUUUGUGGUCCGAGAACUUGUUCCGAGACUGGAAGAUGUCGACCAUCGAUUCAAACUGUGUGUUCACUAUCGUGAUUUCCCUAUCGGAGCUUCCAUAUCGGAAACCAUUGUAAGCAGUGUUCAAUGCAGCCGUAGAACCAUUCUCAUCAUGUCGGAUAAUUUCCUGAAGAGCGAAUGGUGCCAAUAUGAAUUCCAAACAGCUCAUCAUCACGUUUUAAAAGACAAGACGAAUAGACUGAUAAUUAUUUUACUCAGUGAUGUUAAUGUGAAUGAAAUGAGCAAGGAUCUCAAACUUUACUUACAAACACGGACGUAUGUUAAAUAUAGCGAUCCUUGGUUUUGGGAGAAACUAUAUUUCGCAAUGCCGGAUAUUAAACAUCGCGUAACGCCCGUAGACAGAAUUCUCGAUAUCAGACCGGAAGUGGGUGUCGGGAACACUACUUCCGCUCUCCCGGACGACGAGGGAUACGAAACCCCGAUAUCGCGUGUGUCCAGUGUCCAUCGCCACACGUGCGACUUCGGUCACGAUGCCGAAGCAGUUGCAAACUUUAACAUAUAUGAAGAAAUCCAUCCUAUUGAAAAAUCAGAGAAACAAAUGGCUUAACUCUAUAUAUGAUAUAGCUUUAUUAUCUUGAUUGAGCUUUCAUUUCAAAUGAGAUUGAUGAAGCUAUGCUCAACCAAGGUAAAACUUGAAAUAUUUACAUCAACCGCAUAUGGAAUGAAUGCCAACAAACUGUCUCUUUUGUCACAUUACCGAGUACCGUUUGUAUUGUGUUCAUUCUGACGUCACGAUGUCAUGACGUCAUGUCAUUGUAAAUAUUUUAUGACGUCACAGUGGGUGUAAAAUACCUGAACUAAAACACAAAAUUAAAAAAAAAUUACUCAUUGAAUGUAUAACACGGUAUCGAUGUGAUAAAUAUAUUUAUUUAACAAUAAUUUUAUUCUUAUCUGUGAUAAAUAUAAAUGUAUAUAUAUAUCUAUUAUAUCAACUGUCCACUUUUCGCGGGGAAAAUUAUUGUUAAAGUGAAAUGAACUAAGAAACGUUAUGAAAUUAGGAAAGAUUUUUAUUUUUUUUUUAUUUUAUUUUAUUCUUUUUCUAUAAAAUACAAAAAGAUUUCGUGUAUGAUUUUUCUCAAAGAUAGAAAUUUUGAACAAUUUCAUGAUGUUCCGAAAACAAUCAAACGUCACUAGUCCAGCCAAACUGGUUUCUAAUAGCGAAUUUGUCCAAACUAGAAGUAAAGUAAAUAAAUAUUGAUGUAACAUUUUCAUUCUUGUAUGAAAGCUUGAGAAAACGAGUGCUCUUGAAAAAUGAUUUUCCCCGUGAACAGAAUCGGGAUUAGCGAUUAUAAGUGAUGACUAUACUCCAAAGUAAAUGAAUACUCCACUGUUUUGUAAUAGGUUUAUAAAUUCCACUCACUAGAAUGUCAUCUUAUCGAUAUUUCUCAAAGAGAUAUCGUAAAAUUAAUAUUAAUUUAAAAUAUUGCCCGAAAGCUACUUUCUGAAAUUAUUUCAUUAGCAAUGUAAUUGCAAUAAAAUUUAAUAUAAUUAAAAUAUUUCUCUUAUUAAUUUGAUUGAUUCCAUAAGAUUAGAUUAUAAUCACACACAAUUAAUUAGCAGGCGGCAAAUGUUACUCGUUAUAAUAGAAUCUUGAUGUACUCGAUUAAUUAAUAAUUUCAAUUAUAACAGAAGAAAGCGCAUUUGCUUUCCAUAUUGAAAAAAAUUAUAUUAGUUUACGAUUAUCAGUGGGUUUAAUUAUUAACACGAUUGAGGUACAAUUGGGGUACGCAUGUGUUCUCCUUAAAAAUGUAGAUACUGUUAUAUCAAAUGUCUGGCUUUAAGCACACCAUGUUAUCAUUGUCGACAUUUGAAGUGGAUUAACAUUCCAAUGUGAUACACAUUUAAGCUGCUGAUCAAUGUUUCCGGAUACAUAUGCUGUACAAUCGGCACAUCUCGGCCAAUUCCGUUAAUCAUCGUAAAAGAAUCGAAUACGCAAGCACGGAAGAUUCGAAUCAAUACCGAUUAUUGCCGGAAAUUACCGAGGUGGGGUUGAUUUUUUUUUUUUUUCGUCAUUAUUUUGUACGAUAUUAAAUUGGGAUUAAUUUUGUGUUGAACUGUGCACCGACUUAAACAUAUAAGCAAAACAUAUGUGUUAAAUUUCUGUUAAACGUUCUUGAUUUACCUCAUUCUUUCUUGUCAAGGUAGACCGUCCCGGCUAUCUGCAUUGCAUUUCCAACAUUUAAGAGUUCCUAGGUUGUUCGGCAUUUUCCAGACUUUGAGACGCUUGUCCUAUAAGAACGAAUAAUAGAUAAAAUAAAACGAAUAGGCCUAUAGCAUAUUUUGUAGUAUCUGGGUUUGUUUUUUUUUAUAUCUAUAGCAUUCGUCAUUGAAUAUACUUCCGAGACUUAAGCUGUCAGGGCUAUGAAUAUAAACAGGAAAGUAACACGCGAGUUCCUGUACAUAGUAGAAAUCAGCAGGACUCUCUUUCUUAGGGUGAACGUUGAAUUCGGGAUUUUUUUUUUUUUGAGUUUAUUUUUCAGAUUUAAACAGAACUGUCACGAGAUUAAAAGUGAUCGGGAUCCGGUGAUGGUAGUUAUAAUCUUUGAAGCCUCUCUUUUGAAUUUAAUUUUGUGUGUUAUUUUGCCGAUAAAACUUGCCAAAUUUCUCCGUUCAAUUACAUUCUUGUAUAAUUUAUAUACAUAUAUUAUUCUAGAUACAUGCCGGUGUUUGUGAAACUUUUUCCAUGAUAUAAAAGACAGAUUGUAGUAGUUUCGCAAAAAAUAAUUAAGAGCGUUUUGAACUAUGAUGAAACAUGAAACAGGUGGUUGAAAACAUUUGUUUUUGUUUGAAAUUGACAUUUGAUCACAUGAGUGUGCGCUCGUGACUUUACUGAAUAAUAAAAUGAUUACCAUACAAACCUCCCUGAAGUAUCCACAUAUGUAAACAAAAUACUGCAGUAAGAAGGUUCAUUGCCCAAAAUGGUAACUUACGUACAUACGUGUAGAAUUAUGACAUCUAAGCGCAACAAGUCGGACAGACAGCAAAGAAGCGCAUUGCACGUGCAUACUUAUACAAGCUCUUGUGCUGAGUAUUAUGCGUCGCACUGACCUUGCACGUGCGUUCACCCUCGAUACGCUCAAGAUGAAUUGCUAUAUAUAUAUCCUUCGAUAAUGUAAUAUCACUACUUUGGAAUUUUUAAAUGAUUUCUUACUGGUUUCUCGAUGAUGUGCACUAGCUUGAUAAUUCAUAUAGUAUGCAUAUUAUUAUACUGUGUAUGUUUAAUUAUUUUUGCUAUUUGUAAUGUUGCGAGCACAUAUUCAAUGCGAUCGAACAUUAAUGGAAAGAAAUUCGUAAAAUAUGGAAUUCGUUUUUUCUCACUUUGCAGAAUACACAAUAUGGUUUUCCGGUACCAUUUUUAAGGCAUCGUUUCCUCUUUGUACGAACAGUUAUAGAAAACCAUUACAAUCCGGGUCAUAAGACAUUUACAUUACGUUGGUGUGAUGCACCUUAAUUCUCGAAGUUGUUAUUGGAAUAUGUUUCUCAAAACGAAAGCACUUCCGCUUCCGGUAUUUAAAGAUUCCGGUUUGAAAAUACUCAUAUCAAAAUAAAUAUGCUUGCUGGCGUAAUCUUUCAUUUUAAACUGACACUCAAUUAAUUUCUUUGUUAAUUUAAUCAAAUAGAACACUAAUCUCCUAAAUUUGUACAAAGGGUUAAUCAUUUUUUUUAAAUGUGUACAAAGGGAUCGUUAAUUGCUUUUAAAUUUGUACAAAAGACUAUAUUUUGAAAUGAAUCGAUAUCACAAUACCCCAGUCAAGUAUAUCGGCUGACACGGUAUUGUAGGAUGUAUAUAAUUUUGCUUGAGUUUUAAAAGCAAAUGCUGAUAUUUUUUCCUGUGUCGAGAAUACAAUUCAAUGAUUUAAAUGGAAAUGAAAAGACAGAAUAUUGCUCAAGGCUUUAUCGAUUGGAUGUAUUACAGAACUUCUAGAAGGAAUGGAAAUGUCAUUAUAUUUCGUUUGUCAAGUGGAAAUGUUCCUAAUAUAAUUUUGGAAUAUUCCACUCUCUGAAUUAUUCAUACUGCCAUGAAUCUCAAUUAAUUUUGAGAUGAGAUUAAAAAUUUAUACAAUA